AUGCUUCAUUCUCCAGCAUCAACAAGCGCCAGUUUGCCCUCCCAAUCAUUUUGGGGCAAAUUCAAGCCCAAAAACAAGGACGACAUGCGCGACAAACAAGCCCAAAUGGCCCUCGCAAGACAACGUCUCCUAACUUUGGCAUAUGGCGACAUGGAAACAAUCCGGGUUCUUCCAACCACUUUUGCGGAGCUCGAAGCUGUCGCACGAGACUGGACCAAGCCUCCACCUGAUGCUGUCUUUGGUUUACGCGUCCCAGUCGAGUUCGCGUCGCUGCAAGCCGCUCGUCUCGUUGCCGGUCCAUACAUCUAUCUCGCAGGCGAAGACUCAUACCAAAUCGCUAUAAUGGGUGUACCUGGUCUACGCGUCGAAGUGGUCAGUGAUGCACCUCCACCCCCGGAUGAGCCUCCGCCACCGCCCGUUUUGGAAAUGCCUGCCGCUUUCAAUCUCGAACUCAUGCCAGGACAACACGUUGCGCUCGAUGUUAUGGUCAACUCCGAUGAGCUCGAUAUGGCUCGAAUGGAAGAUGGCACCAUGGUCGAUGGCAUGUUUUGGGGCAAAUUGGAUAUUGUCCAUCAAGGAGAUACCCACAAGAUGGAGUUCAGCGGGACACGCCUCGCGAAUGAAAAUUACUCCCCCGAAUUCAUGUUUGAUUCUCGCGUCAUGACCAAAUUGGCGGUUGCUGCGAAGCCAACCACGGCCAAGUGCAACCUCAGUGUCCUCUCUCCAGCAGUUCAAUACUGCGACAUCAUGCUCACAUUCUCUCCGCUGUGGAAAAUCGGCACUAUGUGGCCUCCAGCCGAGAAUGUCGCGGAGAACAAGGUCAAAUACUUCCUACGAGUCCACCCUGGUGGUGCAUUGGAGCAUUUCGAAAGCGAAAUGGUCUCCACCUCAUUAUAUUACGAAGCCAUGCCGGACCCCAGCAUGAUUGACCCCAAUGACUAUAUCGCUCCCAGAAAUGGCUUUGCCAUGUCUUUCCGGGAUUUCAUACCCCACCUGAUGAAUGUUCUUGAUCAGUUGGGCAUGUCGCUACAUGCUCGUACGAAUUUUAUCAAUAACAACUUAUCUGCCUUCUCCGCUCACAAAAACAUCGCCUACCGAUUCCUUUCUCCUAGCCGAGUCGCUUCCGCCAUCGACAUUGCCGUCACCCACGAUUCGUGUAUCUUUACUCGUCUAUUCCUCAUCUUCCGUGGCCUCAACGACGAUGAGGUGGGCAUCUUUGCUGGCGCUGGUGAGAAAGAAGCCAAUGCAGCUAAUUGGAGGGAGAUUGUUGGUUGGUCCGAGGAAUGCAAGGAUCCAACAGUCUUCCGCCUGUUAGAGACCUCCGUGCUGGAGGUCACAUGA